AUGGAAGAUCCUCUUUUAUCGGCAGACAAGAAGUCAAUCACUGGAAAUCUAAAGCUUGCGCCGACAUGGCGGAUGGAUUUCACGGCGGAGCUGAAGAACGUCAGCCGCAUGGCCGCACCUAUGGCCACCGUGACCGUUUCGCAGUUUCUUUUGCCUGUUAUCUCGGUCAUGGUCGCUGGCCACCGUGGCGAGCUCCAGCUCUCCGGCGUCGCUCUUGCCACCUCCUUCGCAAACGUCUCCGGCUUUAGCAUCAUGGUAACUAAAUAUCCUCCUUUCAUACCAAUUUCAAGAUCCUACACAAGCUUGCGUAAGAGGGUUGUGCUUGGUUUUAAGUGUUAG